CUGCUCCGCAAGCGGCACCUCUUCACCGACGUGGUGCUGCGGGCGGGGAACCAGGCCUUCCACUGCCACCGGGCCGUGCUGGCCUCCUGCAGCCGCUACUUCGACGCCAUGUUCAGCGGGGGGCUGAAGGAGAGCAGGGACGCCGAAGUCAACUUCCACGACUCCCUCCACCCCGAGGUGCUGGAGCUGCUGCUGGACUACGCCUACUCGGCCCGGGUGCUGAUUAACGAGGAGAACGCGGAGUCCUUGCUGGAGGCCGGGGACAUGUUGCAGUUUCAGGAUAUCCGGGAUGCUUCGGCCGACUUCCUGGAGAAGAAUCUCUACCCCGGGAAUUGCUUGAACAUGCUGCUGCUGUCCGAUGCCCACUGCUGCGAGCGGCUGCUGCUGGUGGAGAGCGAAGAGCUGGAGGUAGAGGACGAGACGCUGGUCUACGAAGCUGUUAUAGGUUGGAUCCGGUACGAUUUGCCCCAGCGCCAUGAAGUUCUGCCGGAGCUGCUGCGCUCCGUCCGCCUGGCCCUUCUGCCCGAGUCCUACCUGCGGAAGCAAGUGGCCUGCGAGAAGCUGGUGACCAGCCACAAGCUGGGGGAGGAGAUCGUGGCCGACGCCGUACGAUGCAAAAUGAAGAUCCUGCAAAACGAUGGCCUUGUGACAGGGUGCUGUGCCCGACCCCGCAAGGUCAGCCAGGCCCUGCUGCUGCUCGGCGGCCAGACCUUCAUGUGCGACAAGAUUUACAUGCUGGAUCACAAAACCAGGGAGAUCAUUCCUCGUGCCGACAUCCCGAGCCCUCGUAAAGAGUGCAGUGCCUGCGCCAUCGGGUGCAAAGUGUACAUCACUGGCGGCAAAGGCUCCGAGAACGGCGCUUCCAAAGACGUCUGGGUUUACGACACCCUCCACGACGAGUGGGCGAAAGCGGCUCCCAUGCUGGUGGCGCGGUUUGGCCACGGCUCCGCCGAGCUGGACCACUGUCUGUACGUGGUGGGGGGCCACACAGCAGUGAGCGGUGCCUUCCCGGCCUCUCCCUCCGUCUCUCUCAAGCAAGUCGAACACUACGACCCGCAGCUGGACAAAUGGUCCUUGGUGGCCCCUCUCCGAGAAGGCGUAAGCAACGCCGCCGUGGUGGGAGCCAAGAUGAAGCUGUUUGUUUUCGGCGGCACCAGCGCCAACCAGGAGAAGCUGCCCAAGGUGCAGUGCUUCGACCCCUGCCAGAACCGCUGGACGGUGCCCGCCAGCUGCCCCCAGCCCUGGAGGUACACGGCCGCUGCCGUGGUGGGCAGCCACAUCAUCGUCAUCGGGGGGGACACGGAGUUCUCCGCCAGCUCCGCUUACCGCUUCCACAGCGACACCUACCAGUGGUCCAAAUUUGGGGACGUCACCGCCAAGCGCAUCAGCUGCCGCGCCGUUACGUCGGGUAACAGACUGUACGUGGUGGGGGGCUACUGCGGGGCUCAGCGCUGCAAAACGCUGGACUGUUACGACCCAUCAUCCGACACCUGGAGCAGCGUCACGACAGUGCCUUACUCCCUCAUCCCCACCGCCUUCGUCAGCACCUGGAAGUACCUGUCCGCCUGA